CCUAGAAUUUAUAAUUUUUCAUCCUUUCCAGGAGUUUAGGUUCUUUUUUGCCUGUCACAGUACAUGGUGUUCUACACAUUACCAUGAUUGGGCAAGCGACCAGAAGAACGGUUUGCUUGAGAUACGAUCCCAACUGAGCCGGUGUCCACUUAUAUCUGAAUAGUCGGUGCAAGAAACGAAGCCUUUUGUUCUUCGAUAGCUUCGCUCCGAAGUCUCCAUCAGUCGCGUAGCUGGAAAACAGUUUUUUUUUUUGCCAGGGCUACUGUUUCCAGAAGAAUGAGCUGUACCCAUCGGCGUAGUGUGCGUUUUCCUCAGGUGUUCCCUAGCGUAACGGUCGACCAAGGUGUACGGGAACUCUUGCAACAGACCCCGCUUGACAACCUGGAUAGGUCUACUGCGUUGGGGUUCAGUAGCCCCCGAGGGGACCGAGAAAACAGGGAGUUGUCCUUGGCGCACAAGACAGCCUUCAACUGCCCACGCCAUAGACCGCCAUUAAAAGGAAAUACAAAAGAAUGCCAAAGGCUAUGUCGACGAGCAGGAGCAUAUGAUCAUGGGCAAUGCUGCUUUGAGUCUGAUGUAAUGGAGUGCGGAGAUGCGGCAAGCUGUCAGGGGGAGGGCAUUGACGCCCCUAACCAAGCUGCCAUCCAUGGACGAGGCGGUCAAUCGCCAGGCUUAUUGGUGAAGCAUUCAGCAAGUGGAACAGGUUCUCCUCGACUGGAAGAAAGCUCCACAGAGAUUACAGUAGCAAACCCAAACCUUAUCGAACACGCGGAUGCUCUGUCACACGGCAAGGAUGCCGCUUGCAGCCCUGUUCAGUCCGACAGCAAUCUGGACGCUGCGCCAGGUGCACCCGAAACUCUGCUGUCUUUUCGGCCAACCUAUUACUGCUACCGAACGAAUUCGAAUACGUCAAUUUCAAACAAUAUACUUCGCCAGAUUGAAGAUGAUGAUUCAAUGGCAGGCGAUUUCAAUUGUCAUCACUUUCUUGACAAUGACUCGAGGCAGAGGUGGAAUCUUCAGCAUGGUGUUACAGAUCUGGUACGUUACUGUUGGGCAAACGGCCCAGGCGCGAGUCCGUCGCCAGGGCCGGUGAGCAGUUCCUGUUCCGACCUUGCUGCACAUCUUGCUACCAUCGACAGACUUCAUGACCAAUAUCUCGAGUCGUUUAGAUGCUCUACAUCGCAUACAAGUUAUGCAGGCCAUUUACCACACCCGAAUAACUUCCCGGAAAAUGAAGACCACGUCCGUCGUAUGCGACAUGUAUACAACUGGUUCGUUGCAGGCUCGAGCCCACGGGAGAAGCGGGGUCAAUUCCCAAUCGUGUCUGUGAUCGAGAAAAGCAAAAAUAGGAACAUCGAGUGUAAGUCGAAGAUUGACAACAGGCAUACGUCAAAGGACACGCCCCGAGGAACACAAUUUUUCAGUUUACAACAGACAUCAGCGUCUGAUCGGACGGGUGUCGAAUGCAAUUAUCAGAGUGAGAGGAGCAACCCUGCGCCAAGCUAAACUUUGCAGGCUACCGAGAUAUACAAUCAUGUAACGUGACCAAAAGAGAAGAAUCAUGCCAAUGGCUUUGUUCACUAUUCAAAAAAGAACGCCCUUAAGUGACAUUUUAAAAGAUAGACAUGUACCUGUAGAAUUAAAGCUAUUGGUUGUGUUGGUUCUUUUGCCUAACCUGAAUGCAUUUUAUAAUGAUAUUCUUAACUCUAAGC